UUGACCUAAAGGCGACGUGUAAUAGGUGGGUGUGUGUUGGAGGCUAGUAGUUUGGAGGCAGGUCCACACUACGGAAUAAGCCUCGAACGGUUUGAUCAUCUUCCUGAGGGUCACAGUCUUCACUGCGAGUUGCCUUUCAACAAGAGCGUAGUUCCAGAAAGAUCGAGGCAUGGCUGUAUAUCUUGGGUCUACUGAAUAUGGCUGAUAUAACAGUAUAAUUAAAUUCAUCAAGCCUACUGUCCUAAGAAUGAAUACAGCAGUGUCCCUUUUGUGUGUCAUGGCCUGGUGUCAGAUCAGCUGAUUUGGAAAGUCAUGCCAUUUUCUGCCUCACUAUAAACACUACAGUACCUACCACUUUUCGCUUCUCUCUCCCUGGUCUCCUCUCACUCUCCACACACAGACACAGUAGUAAUGGAUCAAGGAAGAGUCACAGUCGGAGCUACAACCCCAGCUGGGGGCCCAGCCUCUCUCCUACCUCAGUCUCCUCUGAGCUACAGACACCUAGCAGUCGCUGCUGCAGCUGCUUCCACUGCUGGCUCAGAACAGAAGAGAAAGACUGGGAAGAAACACCCAGGGAAGGCCAUUUUAGCUGGUGGAUUAGCAGGAGGGCUGGAGAUCAUGAUGACAUUCCCCACGGAGUACGUCAAGACCCAGCUGCAGCUGGACGAGCGGUCGGCCACCCCUCGCUACAAGGGACCCAUCCACUGUGCCUCCACCACAGUCAAGGAGCACGGGUUCCUUGGUCUCUAUAGAGGACUCAGCUCUCUUCUGUAUGGCUCCAUACCAAAAGCCAGUGUACGGUUUGCAAUGUUUGAGUUUCUCAAGAACAAACUGGCAGACGAGAACGGGAGCCUCUCAAAGCCUCGAACACUGCUGGCAGGUCUGGGGGCUGGAGUGAGUGAAGCAAUACUGGUGGUCUGCCCCAUGGAGACGGUCAAGGUCAAGUUUAUUCAUGAUCAGACUCAGCCCAAUCCCAAAUACAAGGGCUUCUUCCACGGAGUGAGGACUAUUGUCAGACAGGAAGGGAUAAAGGGAACGUACCAGGGACUCACCGCCACCAUUAUAAAACAGGGUUCCAACCAGGCCAUCCGGUUCUUUGUCUACACCUCCAUCAAGAAGUGGAUACAGGAUGGGGACAUCACCAAGGACAUUGGGAGUGUGAAGACAUUCAUUACCGGAGGAAUUGCAGGGGCUGCCAGUGUUUUUGGGAACACGCCAGUCGAUGUCGUCAAGACAAGAAUGCAGGGUCUAGAUGCUCACAAGUAUGCCAAUACAUGGGACUGUGUCAAGAAGAUUGCAAAGCACGAAGGAUUCAAAGCAUUCUACAAAGGAACUACUCCAAGACUAGGUAGAGUGUGUUUCGACGUGGCAAUAGUGUUCACACUCUACGAGAAUGUGAUGAAACUAUUAGACUGGGUGUGGCCUACACCAAACUACUCUUAGCUAUAUAGCCUGAGGGCCAGGGCAGCUCACUAUCUCUCUUUCACCUCUAGUGAUGAAAUUGAUUAUUUAUGUAUAUACAAUAAUCCGAGGAGAGUUUAUCCACACAAUUAUUGGUUAACAGAAACCCUUCCAAUACAAUGGGAAUAAAACGACUUAUACUUAUGCAUUAAUGGAUGGUUGUAGGUAUAUGAACAGAAUGUGGAAAUAAUUUAUGGUUUAUAGAAACCUGAAGCCGUGCAAAAUGAUUAGUUGGUUGUUGUCUGUGGUGGGAUUGGUUAACCUGAAAGCUGUGCAAAAUGACCUAAUAGCACAAAAUGUGACUAUGACAUAAAGUGAUGAGGUUAAUUCAUGUAUCGUCAUCAUCAAAGUUACUGAAAGAGGUCAAAUCACAGUCUUCGAACAUCCACUCACCGCUACCACCCUCACUACCACUGUGACUGUUUUCCUCUCUAAAGUCAUACUCCACUGUACUACUAGUAGCACUGGAUGCCACCCCAUCACCUCCAGUAGAGCUACGAGGUGGAGUAUGACACACAAGAGUUGCUGUAGAUGGUUGCUCUGUUGUCAGUGAUGAUGCAUCACUGCUGGCUUUCCUUGAGAGGAGAUAGCUGGCCAGUUCGGCCGACUUUGACUUUUUGAAAGGUUGUCCCAUUCCCUCCUUGACACUGGUAGGUCUAGUGCUGCAGUAGCUCAGUGAAUCUCCGGC